AUGCGAGUCGAGGAUACUGAAAUGGGCAGCUUCACUGCAAAGCUUCCGACCCUCCAUCGUGCCGAUGUUUGUCAAUCAGGCAGCGACGCAACGGGACUGGUCCAGCGCAUCAGGUGUUCCAAGACAGGUCGAAGCCCCCGGGUGCCGUUCACGCGCGCACAGGUCGAAGGACUGGAGGCCAAAUUCAAAAUUACCAACUACCUGAGCAGCCGAGAGGUCACUAACCUCGCAGCGUCCCUCAACGUCACAGAAACGAGGGUGAGUGCGUGUGUGUGGUAAGACUGCUUUAGAAAAUGCAGAUGAAUUCCUUUAAUAGCCUGUACUCGGUAGGCAAAAUUGUGCUGGGAUAGUGAAGUAUGAUUGACAGGGCUACAACUCCGCGGUGAUGGUCUGUAAAAGGUCUUCUCAACGAGCGGUGGCUUUAAUAACACCGGAUGUGUCCUCGCCUGCUGGCAAAGCCAGGUCUGCAUAUGCAGUUCCAUGUUAGAACCAAAAAGGGAACAAAAGCCCAAAAUUUUUAUUUGACUAUGGCUGAAGUGACCUAAAAUGCCUCUUCGUGACCUUUUUCGGUGAACAACAACAGAACUUACUCACUUCGAAAAAGUCACUUCGAAGACAGCAAAAAGACCCCACUCAGAUAAAACGAUUUAAAUGAAACAGACCGAGUUUUUGUUUGCCUCAUUGUGAGUUUAGAAUCGGUUCUGCGGUCGAACGCGUGGAUAUGGAUCCCCCAAUACCAUAGGUGCCUUUGCGCAAAAUUCCUAUUCCGUGCCUAACGUUAACCCCGACCUCGGACUUGCCUUAACCGGCCCAUCCCUAACACUAACCCUCAUGACUAUAACCCUAACCCCCCUAGAGUUAACGGUAAGGUCAUCUGUAGUACGAAGGAUCUGUAUUCCAGCUCCCGACCGAUUCCGCAUCCUUGGAUAGAACAAAUUUCUUGCGAAAUUUUCAAGGGUGCAUAUACAAGUCUUACUUUCGAGCUUUCCGUCAUUUUCAGAUAAACAAUAGGCAUUUUUGCCGGUAAGAUCGCAGUUCGUAGCCAGGCAUAUCAGAUUUUUUUGAUAGCAGUUUUUUCAUCCUCACAGACACCCAUUUAUUUUCUUGUGCGGCUGAGUUACUGGGUUUCUGUCUCAAUCCGAAAUCGAGUAUUACAGCUGUUUCAUGCAGCUUGUUAGUUUCGUUAAAGCACCAUUGGCUCAUUAUGUCCGUCGACGGAUCUCCUGAAUUAAGAGGCGUUUGCAAACAUCGAGAUAAUCUCACAGCCAUAGUCGAACAUUUUAUCAGUUUUUUUUCUGUUACUAUCACUAUUUGUUGUCCCCUUAUGCCCCUUGAUUUAUUUUGGCCGACUGAAUCACUGCCUCUUAGAUUCUAAUUCAGUAAGCGAAAACGGCAUUUUGCUGCUUUCUCUGGACUGCUCGUUUUUAAGACUCGUGAUUUCCCCUCAUAAUUUCAAUUAAACUUCGCAGAGUUUAUUUGAAACUUCAGGCCUGAUACAGUACACAGUCCAUGAUAACAAGUCUAUUCUGUUCUACCUGUAGGAUGGAGCAUCGGCGACUACUUUUGUCUCGAAACUCCGGCCCAGGGCGUCCACGGGCGAUGGGGCGCUGAGGAAUCAUAAGUGGGACAGACAAACGGUGCCGAGGGAGACUGGAAUGGCCAUUUCUGAGUUAUCUGCGGCUGUCAGCCUGUCAUACUUCAACACCAUACCGGGAAAACCUGCCAGUAGGAUCUGGGUCAUCUGGUCACUGGGUAUUACCGUCAGAAAUUCCAUAGCCUGAACGAGAAACCCCCGCAUUUCUGACUGUGUGCGUAAAGAGCCAAAGUCGUUGAAACAAUCCUAAUUGAGCGAUGGAAUACGGACAACUCUGUUAUGUCUUGGAGUUUAAGAGCCCUCUCAGACGGUUGCUUUGAGAAGACAGUGUGGAUAGCUUGCUAGCCCUUAUUUUCCAGUGUUUUUGAAUAUUCGGUCGGGUCUACGGUUCACGUAGUAGAGCUCCAUGCAAAAUCGCUCGCGGAUGAAUUGACCUCGGCCAAAACUUGAGGUCAUCCUUGCCAGAGCGUGGGUAUGGCUGGCUGCCGACAGAAAACAAACCAGAAAUGGUCAUUUGGAGUGGUAUUUGGCUGUAUGAGAAUCACUCUGUAAUUAAAUAUAUUCUAAAGGGUAACAGGUAAUACGUUUAAAAACUCCUGGGCGCAUAUAAAAGGGGAAAGAGAUAACUAUGCAGAUUCGACGGAUGAAGGGUCGCUGCCUUCUACUAACUUACUUCCGGUGACGUUACAUAGGGCUUAGUUACUUUAAAUGCCACUAUAGAAGGCGGUGGCUGUCAUCCGUCUGACGUACUAGUUGCAAGAUAUACUCCUUGCUUACAGGUGAAAAUCUGGUUCCAAAAUCGUCGAGCCCGACAAAGGAGGGAAGCAUUCCUUGGGGAGAUCCUGAGCUCGACAAACGGCACGAGGAGCGUGGAUCCACCAUACAUGCCAGGUGUUCCGAACCCCGAGGCAACAGCGACAACCCAUAACGAAAACAGGUUUGCACGGGGAACGAUGUUGGAAAACAUACUGGGGACACCGCCCUCGGUGCAGGCUACCUUCAAUCCAGCCACGAAUUACUGCCCGCCAGUGCAAUGCCUAGUGUAUCCGAACGAUUGCCAAAGGACACAUGAGACCGCGGGGCACGACCUGGGAUUGUAUCUAGGUGUCAACCUCGACCCCGCAGCCUCGGUUACAGCAACAGUACCAUAA